CAAUAUCCGUUGCUCUAUCGUGUUGCACUCGACAUCCUACCGGUUCAAGCUUCCGCCGUUCCAUGCGAGAGGGUGUUCUCAUCCAGCGGAGAAACCGACGACUCCCGUCGCAGCAAGCUCUCUGCCUUUAUGUUUGAAGUCCUACAGAUUUUAAAGUACCUCUACCGGCAUGAACGUCUUGAUUUUGCUGCAGACUGGGCAGCGAAAGAGGCGGAUCUUCGGGAGGUUCUUGAGCCUCCCAAGGAGAAGGUCCAUGGUCUCAUUUCCAGUGAUCAGAUCGAUGUUUUGGCUCAGUUCUUGGAGAAGUAUUUUCCUGAUGAUAGGAAUGAUGCAUAG